AAAAACAAAACACUUGCUUGGCUUUAGUGGCAACAACAAGAAAAAUACAUAUUUAUGGUAUAAAACUGCUUUCUUUGACAGAUUUGCAUGUUACAGAUAAGUUCAUUAUCAAUUGUAAAGUUAUUGGAACUUUUUUUGCACUUAAAAAAUUAAUGACAGAUAAAAGUAUUGCACUACAAUGCACAAGUCUCUACUAAAAUGUUCCUAGAGAUUUUUAUCCUGUUUGUUUUAUAUCCUCAUAAAUGUAAGUUUAUGAGAACAUAAAAGAAAUGAAAUAAAUAAAAAAAUUAGCAACAUCAAUUCUAAGAAAUGUAUGGAUUUUUAUAAAUAACAUUAAUUAACAUUAAUAUUUCAUUUUAUUUUUAUGGCUCCUAGAUUGCGAUUGUGUUAAUUGAUCCAUUUAGAGAUCAGGCGCUUUCCCUCCCUCUCCUCUUUCAGUGCCUCUGCCUGCAUCCGCACGCACAUUUGUUCAAGGACAGGAUAGUAUGCCAGUGCUUUCUGUUAUCUGGAGGUGACAGAACUGUCAUACUGAACACUUCAGUAGACGUUCACAUCUCUGACUGACAGGCAAUUAGAUCAGCUCUAUUUUAUUGUUCAGAGGCGUAGCUUCCAGUCUUUGUCUGUCCUCAAGUGGCCUGAGGCUCAGUGUCCUGACUGUGUAUUCCAGCUGCUACUGACAAUAAUCUUCAGCACACAAAAGGAUCCUGGGAUCCAGGGAGACUGGAAAAAGACACAUCCGGUUCUCCACACCUGCACAUGUGAGCUGUAUCCAGACUUUAUUAGCUGCAUUUACAACAUUUUCUACCAAAGAGGAAGAUCCUUCGGAGAUAAUUUGUGGACGCUGUUUUUACUUAAUACUGACGUCACUCAUCAUUUUCUGCUUUUGAAGAGAUUAGAUGGUCACUUGGAUGAAAUCCAUCUUCAAUCGUAGUUACCUGUGGUAUCAAAUGAAAUCUACCUGAUCCAUCUGAGUAAGGCAACACCACACCAGGAGAGCAAUAUUGUUCCGUGACAAGCUGGAUCUUUUUUUGUGUAUUAUAUGCAAGGUGGAAAAGAACCUGGUUAUAAAAAAAAAAACUGGUUCUCCAGGCACGUCAUUGAUUGGGUUCUCUACAUCUGACUUGUGAGAAACAAUAGCACCGGUCUGUUUUUUUAAUUAUUCAUUGCUUCAAAGAAAGAGGGAGAAAGUUGGCAUGGUGACGAACUGAAGGAGAACACUACAAAAAAGGCUCUGGACGAAAGCAUAUGAAAAAUUGCUUUGUGAGGUUUUAAAUUAUCUGAAAUCUUCAAGAAAGGAGGUAAGCAGAAAUCAUAAACUGACGAGCAGUUUGAGGAGGGUGUGAAGAGGAAUCCGAGAAGUAACCCUAACCGGACUUGCAGCAGAAGAAAAAGUGUCGUCCCGGCUUUGGCCAGACGGGUGGUACAGAGACAGUAGCAUCAUGGUGAAUACAGGUAUGCAGCUGAUCAGCUUCACCUGCGCUGUUACCGGCUGGGUGAUGGCUAUUGCUGUGACUGCGUUGCCCCAGUGGAAGGUCACGGCCUUCAUUGGGCCCAACAUUCUUACUUCGGAAAUCGUUUGGCAAGGCAUCUGGAUGAACUGCAUCUAUCAGACCACUGGGCAUAUGCAAUGCAAGACUUAUGACUCGUUGUUGGCGCUGCCACCAGACAUCCAGGCAGCCCGUGCACUCAUGUGCGUGGCCAUCUUUCUGGGCUGGCUGUCCUGCACGGUGUCCUGUUGCGGAAUGAAGUGCACCACUUGCGCCGGGGAUGAUCGCCAUGCCAAGGCUGGCAUAGCGCUUUCCGGCGGGGUGCUCUUCAUCCUAACAGGCCUGUGUGUACUCAUCCCCGUGUCCUGGACAGCCAACACAGUGGUUCAGGACUUCUAUAACCCCAAUGUUCCCAUCCAGAAAAAACGAGAAUUGGGCCAGGCCAUCUAUUUGGGCUGGGCAGCUGCUGUCAUUCUCAUCAUCAGCGGCAUUGUGCUGAGCACCUCCUGCACCUACAUCGAGAAAGGACACUACAGACGUGGCUAUAUGGGCCGCAGCUUUGCUAACUCCAGAUCGUCUGUAUUGGAUCCCCCAAAACCCAUCUCUACCAACAGUUUGCCUCUUAAGGAGUAUGUCUAAGGUUGAAGGCAAGCAAUAGCAUUUUCAUAAGACUUGAAUAGUGAUUAUAGUGGGUUACAACAGGUUGUUAUUUAAAAUGCACAUAGUGAAAGCUUUCAGAUUGAUGAGACAGCUGAAUAAUGGCUCUGUAGUGUUGUGUUAUUUUAAAUGUAGCUUUAAAUAUUUGUACUGUUUUUCUACUUUUCACUACUAUGAUGUUAUGUGGGUGUACCAUGAUAACUGUGCUAAAGUAUUUCAAAGUAUUUUUUUUCUUAUUUAUCGAUUGUGGAAACGUUCAUUAGUCUGUUGAUUUUUCUAAAGCAAGAUACCUACUUUUUUUUCUCA